AUGGCUCCCGACCCCAGCGGCCGCCUGGGCCUGCUGCUGCUGUUGGCCUGCUGCGUGCCGAUCGCCUGGGCCCAGAUCCUGAAUUGGAUAUGGCCCGGCGAGAAGCUCAGCCCCAUAUCCAAGUGGGUCCUCAAGCCCCACGACAGCCCCGUGGAGCCCACGCUGGGACUCACCACGCACGUGGACCUGGGGCAUGGCUCCACGGAACCCGAGGCCAGCCGGAGCCCAGCGCCUGCCGACGCCACCCCCGACGCCAUCCUGGCCACGAGCCCAGGCACGACCAAGGAAGAAAAUGUCGCUGGAGUCGGAGCCCAGAUCCUGAACGUGGCUGCGAGCAUCCGGAGCUUCGUCCAGCUGUGGGAUGAGGCUGCCCCCACUGAGAGUGCUGCUGCGGUGGCCACGCUGGCUACUGCGGCUUUUACAGACCCCCUCACCCUCCCAAGGCCACCUGAUGAGCCCCCGGAGCACAGAGACACUCUUGGGCCCAGCACUGCAGCCCCGGACGCCCUGACGACCACCGCUGACGUGCUGGCACCCACCGCACCACUUGCCUCCUCUGGACAGCCCCGGGCAUCAUUGGGGGUGUCCCCAGGUAGAACCGCUCUGUCUUCUCCGCCUGGUGGGGCCCCUCCCUGGGGAAGUCCCAUGCCCCUGAGGCAGCUGCAGGAUCUGCACAGCAGCAGAGGACCCCGGCCCACGGCAGCCGCCCCCCGUCGGCAGCAGUCGGAGCAACUUGGUGGCGGCCGUCGAGCACUGCGCCUGCUUCCCCUGGUGCUGGGUCUCCCGGGUGCGCACGUGGCCCCUGCUGCUCCUACCCCCGACCUCCUGGCCUCGCCUGCUCUCGCUGCGGCCCCAGCUUUCAUCGGUGAUGGUGGCGGUGGGCCCUGGGUUUCCCACAUGGCUAAUGACUCUGCCCGCUGCCUGCCCCUGCCGCCUGCCCUGCCCAUGUGCGGCCACCUGGGUAUCGGGCACACCUGGCUGCCCAACCACCUGCGGCAUGGGCGUGGCGAGGAGGUGCAGGCCGCGGUACAGGCCUGGGGGGCCCUUCUGCUGUCCCGUUGCCACCCUUUCCUCGCCUGGUUCUUCUGCCUGCUGCUGGCACCCCCAUGCAGCCUGGGCCCACCACCCGGGCCCCCGCCGUGCCGCCAGUUCUGCGAGGCUGUGGAGGACGCCUGCUGGAGCCGCCUGGACGGGGGCCGGCUGCCCGUCGCCUGCACCUCGCUACCUGCCCAGGAAGACGGGUACUGUGUGUUCAUUGGGCCGGCUGCAGAGGGCUCCGGCGAUGAAGUGGGGCUGCUGCAACUGCUUGGGGAGCCCCCGCCCCAGCAAGUCACCGAGGUCGAGGACCCCGACGUCGGGCUGGCCUACGUCUUCGGGCCGGACGCCAACAGUGGCCAGGCGGCCCACUACCACUUCCCCAGCCCGUUUUUCCGGGACUUCUCGCUGCUGUUCCGCAUCCGGCCAGCCACGGCACAGGCAGGGGUGCUGUUCGCCAUCACGGACCCGGCGCAGGCCGUGGUCAGGCUGGGCGUGAAGGUCUCGGAGGUGCAAGACGACCACCAGCUCAUCUCGCUGCUCUACACGGAGCCAGGCACCAGCCCGACCCGCACGGCCGCCAGCUUCCGCCUGCCCGCCUUCGUGGGUCAGUGGCUGCGCUUCGCGCUGAGCGUGGAUGCUGGCCACGUGGCACUCUAUGUGAACUGUGAGGAGUUCCAGAGGGUGCCCUUCUCACGCUCGGCCCAGAGCCUGCCGCUGGAGCCGGGCUCAGGCCUCUUUGUGGCUCAGGCCGGAGGAGCUGACCCUGACAGGUUCCAGGGGAGCAUUGCCGAGUUGAGUGUGCGUGGGGACCCCCAGCUGAGCCCCCAGCACUGCCUGGACGAGGAAGACGAUGAUGAUGGCGGGGCCUCUGGGGACUUUGGCAGUGGACUUGAAGAGAAUCGAGAGCUGCGCAGGGAGGACACAGGCACGUCCCGGAAGCCCAGCCCACCACAGCCACCACCGGUCACUUCUCCUCCCUUGGCUGAAGACAGCACCAUAGAAGAUUCCAGAACUGAAGAAACUGAGGCAACUACGGUGGCCACAUUAGGAGCACACACACGUCCUGCCUCAGACCUGGUGUCCACGCGGGAUGGGGGUGUCCGGAGCCCUGCAGGCCACCUGGAGAAGGGAGGCCUGAAGGGACAGAAGGGGGAGCCAGGAGCUCAGGGUCCGCCUGGCCCGGCUGGCCCUCAGGGUCCUGCAGGCCCAGCGGCCCGGAACUCUGAUGGGCUGCCUGUCCCGGGGGCACAGGGGCCUCCUGGGCCACCAGGGCUGCCAGGGAAGGACGGCGAGCCGGGCGACCCCGGCGAAGACGGGAAGCCUGGUGAAGCCGGGCCACAAGGUUUCCCGGGGACUCCAGGAGACGUGGGCCCCAAGGGCGAAAAGGGGGACCCUGGGGUUGGGCCGAGGGGACCUCCAGGACCCCAAGGACCUCCAGGGCCACCAGGACCUCCAUUCAGACACGACAGACUGACCUUCAUCGACAUGGAAGGAUCUGGCUUUGGGGGUGACCUGGAGACGCUUCGGGGUCCUCGUGGCUUCCCCGGACCCCCUGGCCCUCCUGGCGUCCCAGGCCUGCCGGGCGAGCCAGGCCGCUUUGGUGUGAACAGCACUCACACCCCGGGCCCUGCAGGCCUCCCCGGAGUGCCUGGGCGAGAGGGGCCCCCUGGUGUCCCUGGCCCCCCGGGACCCCAAGGUCCCCCAGGAAGGGAGGGGCAGCCAGGAGCGCCGGGACCAAAAGGCAACCUUGGCGAUGUGGGCGCCCCAGGACCCAAGGGCAGCAAGGGGGACCCCGGCCCCGUGGGUAGCCCAGGCGAGACUGGCUUCGUGGGAGCCCCAGGGCCUGCUGGACCUCAAGGACCCCCCGGACCCCCAGGGCCCCCUGGGCCUCCAGGACCAGGACUUGCGGCUGGAUUUGAAGACAUGGAAGGCUCCGGGGUUCCCUUCUGGACAACAGCCGGAAACUCCGAGGGGCGGCAGGGACUGCCCGGAGCCCCAGGACUCAAGGGGGACCCUGGAGCAGAUGGGAGACCAGGGCCCAAGGGAGAAGUCGGUGCAGAUGGCGCCCCUGGCUUCCCAGGCCUCCCCGGGAGAGAUGGCGCUUUGGGACCCCCGGGACCCAAGGGAGAAAAGGGAAUCCAGGGAGAGAAAGGAGACCCCGGGAAGGAUGGGGUAGGGCAGCCGGGCCUGCCCGGGCCCCCUGGACCCCCCGGGCCUGUCGUCUACCUGUCGGAGCAGGAUGGCACAGUGACGUGAACCCUCUUGUCUGUCCUCUCUCCACAGGGCCAGCCUGGCUUCGCAGGCCUUCCUGGACCUGCUGGACCGAAGGGCGACCUGGGCUCCAAAGGCGAGCAGGGCCUGCCAGGACCCAAGGGUGAGAAGGGUGAGCCUGGCAGCAUCUUCAGCCCCGACGGCAGAGCCCUGGCCCCCGCCCAGAAAGGAGCCAAGGGCGAGCCUGGCUUCCGUGGACCCCCGGGCCCGUACGGACGUCCUGGUCACAAGGGCGAGAUUGGCUUCCCUGGACGGCCGGGACGCCCCGGGAUGAACGGGCUGAAAGGAGAAAAGGGCGAGCCGGGAGACGUGAGCGUCGGGUUUGGAAUGAGGGGACCGCCUGGCCCCCCAGGCCCCCCGGGACCGCCAGGCCCACCCGGGACGCCCGUCUAUGACAGCAACGUGUUCGCCGAGUCCAGCCACCCCGGGCCUCCAGGACUGCCAGGCCUCCAAGGACCCCCAGGACCCAAGGGUGACAAGGGAGAAGUAGGACCGCCUGGACCAGCAGGGCAGUUCCCCUUUGACUUCAUUCAACUGGAGGCCGAGAUGAAGGGCACGAAGGGCGACCGAGGCGCCCCGGGACAGAAAGGCGAGAGAGGCGAGCCUGGGGCCGGCGGCUUCUUUGGCUCCAGUGUGCCUGGUCCCCCGGGGCCCCCUGGCCCCCAGGGCUACCCCGGGAUUCCGGGUCCCAAGGGAGACAGCAUCCGGGGCCCGCCAGGCCCCCCUGGGCCUCAGGGCCCCCCUGGCAUCGGCUACGAGGGACGGCAAGGCCCUCCUGGCCCCCCCGGACCCCCUGGUCCCCCCUCCUUUCCUGGCCCUUACAGGCAAACUGUCAGCAUUCCCGGCCCCCCUGGCCCGCCGGGACCCCCAGGACCCCCUGGAACUGGGGGUGCCUCCUCAGGGGUGAGGGUGUGGGCCACCUACCAGACCCUGCUGGACAAGGUCCGCGAAGUGCCCGAGGGCUGGCUCCUCUUUGUGGCCGAGACGGAGGAGCUCUACGUCCGUGUGCGCAAUGGGUUCCGGAAAGUUCUGCUGGGGCCACGGACGCCACUUCCCCACGGGACGGACAACGAGGUGGCCGCCCUACAGCCCCCAGUGGUGCAGCUGUAUGAGGGCAACCCGCACCCCCGGCGGGAGCAGGUCCACUCCACAGUGCGGCCCUGGCGAGCUGACGACAUCCUGGCCAACCCCCCAUACCUGCCAGACCCCCGGCCCUACCCCGGAGCCCCUCGCCACGGCUCCUACACGCACCUACAGCCCGCCCGCCCCACGGCCUCACCUGAACACACCCACCAGGACUUCCGGCCGGUGCUCCACCUGGUGGCGCUCAACAGCCCCCUCUCGGGUGGCAUGCGUGGCAUCCGCGGGGCGGACUUCCAGUGCUUCCAGCAGGCGCGGGCAGUGGGGCUGGCCGGCACUUUCCGGGCCUUCCUGUCCUCGCGCCUGCAAGACCUGUACAGCAUCGUGCGCCGCUCCGACCGCACGGGCCUGCCCAUUGUCAACCUCAAGGACGAGGAGCUGUUCCCCAGCUGGGAGGCCCUGUUCUCGGGCACCCAGGGCCAGCUGAGGCCUGGGGCCCGUAUCUUCUCCUUCGACGGCAGGGACGUCCUGCGACACCCAGCCUGGCCCCAGAAGAGCGUGUGGCAUGGUUCAGACCCCAGCGGGCGCAGGCUGACCGAGAGCUACUGCGAGACCUGGCGGACAGAGGCGGCAGGGGCCACGGGCCAGGCUUCCUCGCUGCUGGGCGGCCGGCUGCUGGAACAGACGGCGGCUGGCUGCCACAAUGCCUACAUCGUCCUGUGCAUCGAGAACAGCUUCAUGACCUCCUCCAAGUAG